AUGAAGUGCUUCGCAUUCUUGAACCAUUGGCAGAGAAGGGGAGCACCCCGCGGGCCCGUCACGGUUGAAGCUCCUCCGGUCGCCCCGCCUCAGCCCGAGCCGUCGCCCGCCGAGGAGCUCUCCCUCGCAGGUGCCAACGCACUUCCUUCCUCAUAAAGAUGCCGCUUCUCCUUCCGUUUGGCUGAAGGAGGUGUCUUCCUCCUCAAUCCUCAUUGCUCUGCGUUUUGUUGGUUGGCGGACGAUCAGGCUGGGGUGCAGGGACGUCAUCGCCUGCUCGAUCAGGCUCCAGUGGGAGAAGAAGAGCCGAGAAAUUUUCCUUCCGGGAGCUCGCUGUGAUCACCAAGAACUUCAAGGACUCCAAUUGCCUGGGAGAAGGUGGGUUCGGCAAAGUCUAUAAAGGUCGCUUGCAGACCGGCGAGGCAAGCAUUCUCUUCCGCCUUCUUCAAUGUCCAAGCCCCGUCUCCUUUCUCGUCUUUUUCCUCGCGGCUCAUGGGACUCGUGGGACAUCUGAUCGGCAGCUCGUUGCGAUCAAGCUGCUCAAUCUGCUGGGGGAGCAGGGAAGGAGAGAAUUCCUCCUGGAGACUCUCAUGCUGGUCGUUUUAGAACACCCUAAUCUCGUGAAGCUGGUCGGAUACUGCGCCGAAGGAGACCAGAGGCUGCUGGUUUACGAGUUCAUGCCUCAGGGCAGCUUAGAGAGCCACAUUCACGGUAAGCAUCAGCCCAUUUCUGAAGAAAUUACAGCGGCUAUAAGAGAUCGAAGAUCGAAGACUCUUGCAAUGAUUUUUUGUCAUUUUUCCAGAUCUCCCGACCGGAAGAGAGGCGCUGCGGUGGGAUGCGAGGGUCAAGAUAGCACUCGGCGCGGCGAGAGGGGUCUCAUACUUGCACCACGCAAUGAACCCAUCUGUCAUACAUCGAGAUAUAAAGUCUGCAAACAUCCUGCUCGAUGACGAGUUCAAUCCGAAGGUCUCUGAUUUUGGGAUCGCCAAGUUUGGACCCGUCGGCGACGAAACUCACGUUUCAACGAGGGUCAUGGGGACGUACGGCUACUGCGCCCCCGAGUACGCCAUGACGGGCAAGCUCACUGCCAAGUCUGACGUCUACAGCUUCGGGGUCGUCCUGCUCGAAUUGAUCACCGGACGCAAGGCCUUCAACACAUCGGCCCGAAGGAAUAACAGUCUAGUCAUCUGGGUAGUAGGCCGUCGAUCUCUGAAGCUCCUUCCCUCUCUCUCGCACUCUCUCUCUAUCACCGAGUUUCUUGUUGGAUGGAUGAUUCACAGGUGAGGCCAUAUCUGAGGAAUGGGCUGUACUCUGCGAUGGCCGACCCUGCGCUUCGGGGGCAGUACCCAGAAAGGGCGUUCCGUCAGAUGGCGAUGGCCGCCAUGACGAUGGUGCGCGAGGAUCCCCGCUCCCGCCCGACGAUGCUGGAGGUGGUCGCCGCCCUGGAAUUCAUCUCCUCUGGAUCAGAUGCCUCACCUUCGACUUCAGACUCCGCCGCCCGCUCCGGCCCGGCGACCCAGUGA